AACCAAAUGGCCCUUAUAGGGCACUACGAGUUGACGUGAACGCAGCACGGCUUCAGAGUCAGUGAAUAAAUAAAAAGCUGUCGAAUCGAGAGAAGAAACAAUGUCAGUAAGGCUGAGCCUUAAACGAGCUGUAUUAACCCCUACAUUAUGUUUAAGUUACACUAUUUAACGUUGCUGCUGUUGUUAGUAUGACGAGGAAAACAAAGAUCAAGUUUUGGAAAAGACUGAAAUUUCAAACCACGUCAACUUGUCUGUCGUGGCAACUAGAGGAGUCGGUGCGUGUGGGUACAAAGAGACCGAGUGAGACAUAAAAUAACAGGCUUUCUUUCAAAAUGGACUCAGACGUCUGCCCUGCUGAUCAGGCAGCCUCCGUACCCUCAGACACCUCGUGUCCGUCUGCUGAUCCUGCUGAUUUACUCUCUGGUGCUGACUUGAACAGACAAGAUGUUUUAGAACCAACAGGUUUAGAGGCAGAGGAUCUGGACUCUUACAACCCCAUCGAGCCUCCUCCUUUAGACUGGAGGUCUGACUCCUCUAGUGAGGCAGGCUCAGCAGACGACCUGGAUGAUUCCAGCUUCCCCCCUGCUGUUGAAAAUCUGGAUGAGGCCAGUCCAAGUGAGCCAGUGUUAAUACCUUUAGAUGUAAGCCUCACUGUGGCUUCACCCAGUGAGAACCAGCAAGAGCUUCUGGGAAAUACUGUAGAGCAAGUCCAAGAUAUUAGAGAGCAUGAAGAAGAAGAUGAGGCAGUUGAGGAGGAGGAGGUGAGGGUUGAGGACUUAGAAGGUGAUAGGGAAUAUCAGGAGGAAACCUUGUGUGAUGUGGAUGGCACAGUCAGUGAAGAGGAGGUGCCUAAAAAGAGCUCAGGUGAUGAAGAUCACAGCCGUAUCCACACCCUGCUCAGCCAGCUCCAGAUGAUGGGGGAAGAGCCUCACCCCAGCCAUGGGACACCACCUCACCUCGCCCAGCAUCACUACUCAAGCCGCUCUGAGCUUGAGGGCUGCUCCCCUUCCCUCAUAACAGACGACAGCAGUGAGACCACCGGGCUGCUGUUCUCUGAAAGUCACCACAGAGACCUUCUGGGACUGCUGCAGGUCACAGAGAUCGGCCCAACACCCACUCCUACCCAUUUGCCUCACAGAGGGGAGGUGGAUGCUGUGGUGUCAGUGUCCUACAAUCAGGAGGAUGCUCAGAAGUUUUGGGGGCAUUAUAGGAAUGGUCGACAGCAGCGGCACAGGGACGACUCCAUUGCUUCCCUGCCUGAUGAGGAGUACCCGGAGCCUGUGUGGAUGAAGUUGGGAGAGGAGCCUCCAGAGGAAGAGGAGGCUGCUGGAGAGAGUGAGCAGAGUGUGGAUCAACUCUCAUAUAAAGAUGUGCCUGGUCCCUGUGACCCUGAAGACUUAUUGGAUGGAGUCAUAUUUGGUGCAAAGUACCUGGGCUCCACUCAGCUCAAAUCUGAGAAGAACCCAUCUACAAACGCUCGUAUGACACAGGCUCAGGAGGCUGUGGACCGCAUCAAGGCUCCAGAAGGAGAGUCCCAGCCAAUGACAGAGGUGGAUCUGUUUAUCUCCACACAGCGUAUCAAAGUGCUCACUGCUGAUACACAGGUAUGAUUGAACA